GUCAACAAACUCGGAUCGAGUGAUGCCCUGGUUGGGCUCCCAGCCCCACGGCCCAAAUCUGACUCCACCUACAUCCUGCAGGGCCCGUUCGUAACCCCUGCGCCUAUCCCCACCCCCUCCUCUUCCUCGCCGCCGUAUCGUAAGCCGACGGCCGCCGGCCGACGGAGAUGGCGCGCCUCCUCGCCGUCCGGGGCAUCUCCUCGUCGCCGCACCUCGCGUGGAGGGUAAAGCAAACAGAGAAUGAGAUUGUCCAGAUGUUCCAGGCCCAGGUUCGUCAGAGUGAGGAGGCAGUAGCAACCACUGGACCAAGGUACACACAUUCCAUAAGAGUCAUGGAUGAGAGGUUCAUUAGGAUCCUGAAGAUAUUCAAGUGGGGCCCUGAUGCUGAGAAGGCGUUGGAGGUAUUAAUGAUGAAAGUUGAUCACUGGUUGGUAAGAGAGGUUAUGAACACCGAUGUUGGGGUCAGUGUGAAGAUGCAAUUUUUCAGAUGGGCAGCAAGGAAGAGGAAUUACGAACACGACACAUCCACUUACAUGGCAUUGAUACGCUGUUUAGAGGUAGUAGAGCAGUAUGGUGAAAUGUGGAAAAUGAUCCAAGAAAUGGUACGGAAUCCUGUAUGUGUUGUCACGCCGAUGGAGCUAUCAGACAUCAUCCGGAUGCUGGGAAAUGCCAAGAUGAUCAGUAAGGCAGUUGCAAUCUUUUACCAAAUCAAGGCACGAAAGUGUCAACCCACUGCUCAGGCAUAUAAUAGCAUGAUAAUCAUGUUAAUGCAUGAGGGGGAGUAUGAGAAAGUGCAUGAACUUUACAAUGAGAUGAGCAACGAGGGCCAAUGCUUCCCAGACACCGUGACUUACAGUGCGCUCAUUUCUGCUUUCUGCAAACUUGGUCGCCAGGAUUCAGCAAUUUGGUUGUUGAAUGAGAUGAAGGACAAUGGAAUGCAGCCAACUGCUAAGAUAUAUACCAUGCUAAUGGCUUUGCUCUUUAAAUUGGACAAUGUUCAUGGAGCAUUGAGUUUGUUUGAAGAGAUGAGGCAUCAGUACUGCCGACCAGAUGUGUUUACUUACACUGAAUUAAUUAGGGGACUUGGUAAAGCUGGGAGAUUUGAUGAAGCAUAUAACUUCUUCUAUGAAAUGCGACGAGAAGGCUGCAGGCCAGACACAGUUCUUAUGAAUAAUAUGAUAAAUUUCUUGGGCAAGGCUGGUCGUUUAGAUGAUGCUAUGAAGUUGUUUGAGGAGAUGGAGACAUUAAGGUGUAUUCCUAGCGUGGUGACCUACAACACUAUAAUAAAAGCACUUUUUGAAUCUAAAUCUCGUAUUUCUGAGAUUUCAUCAUGGUUCGAGAGAAUGAAGGAAAGUGGAAUCUCCCCUAGUCCAUUCACCUACUCAAUCUUGAUUGAUGGAUUAUGCAAAACCAACAGGACGGAGAAGGCUAUGAUGCUGCUGGAGGAGAUGGAUGAAAAGGGCUUCCCUCCAUGUCCAGCGGCAUAUUGCAGCCUGAUUGAUGCUCUUGGAAAAGCCAAACGGUAUGAUCUUGCACACGAGCUAUUUCAGGAACUAAAAGAAAAUUGUGGCUCCUCUAGUGCUCGAGUGUAUGCGGUGAUGAUAAAACACUUAGGGAAGGCUGGACGGCUUGAUGAUGCUGUAGAUCUGUUUGAUGAGAUGAACAGACUUGGUUGCACUCCUAAUGUUUAUGCUUACAACGCCCUCAUGUCUGGAUUGGCAAGAGCAGGCAUGCUUGAUGAAGCCCUUACUACAAUGAGAAGAAUGCAAGACCAUGGGUGUAUUCCUGAUAUCAAUUCAUACAAUAUUAUCCUGAAUGCACUGGCAAAAACAGGAGGUCCUGAUCGUGCAAUGGGGAUGCUUUCUAAUAUGAAACAGUCUGCAAUAAAACCAGAUGCUGUGUCAUAUAAUACGGUUCUUGGUGCCUUGAGUCAUGCAGGCAUGUUUGAGGAGGCAGCUAAAUUGAUGAAAGAGAUGAAUGCGUUAGGAUUUGACUAUGAUCUUAUUACAUAUUCAUCUAUACUUGAGGCGAUUGGAAAGGUUGAUCAAGAGUGAACUGAAAAUGGUCAGUAGGAACAGGAUACAUACCUUUUGGUAGUGUUCUGCAUAAAACAUCUUGAUCCAAGCUUUAAUAUUUUUGAGUGAUCCUCCCAGUUUUUGUGCAGCACUGCAACUGUUCGAUAUGAAAAGCUUUUUUUUUUGUGCCACUCAAGUGAACUGUUACUUGGUAAAAUCAUGGAGGACAGCAGCUAGACAAACGUAGAAGAAUCACUUUACUCCGCUAAGAUUCGAGGGCUGUUUCUGAAAAGUUGAGACCAUUUGGUGAAAAGUUAACUACUGUAUUUUGAGAGUUUUUUCUUCAGCAAUCACCGGUGGAGCGCGCAUGCUACAAUUCCUGAAGUUACGGAACUCUGUGGAUUCUGACACUAAGAAAUACUUGCAGGCUUCCAAAUUUGGCAUAGCCGGCAAAUGUGCCUAAUCUUUCCAGCUACUGUGUGCACAGGGGCUUACCUAUGGGCUGCCAUUGCUUCAUUGCUAAGUGUUUGAGCCUUCCGAAACUAGCAAAGAACCAGCAAUGCAAUAAAAACAUGGUAGGCGUCCAGAAUCAAGAUAUUGUCCAAAUGACCAACUCAGAACUAACAGCGUGUGAAUGUGUCUUUGGCGUCUGUAAAAUUUGUGUUGCUAUAGAAGCUGAUACGGCGUUUGUAAGAAAUGGUGUUACUAUAAAAGCUAUUGUGGUCUUUGCUCUCAGCUAGGGUUUCAAAUCAACAGGGUUACUGCAAAAAAAUGGUGUUACUAUG